AUGGAACAUGCUCGACCACCAUCGGAAUUAUGCUCAGAAGGCGGCCCGGAUUUUGUUAGUCUAAAGGAGGAAUACAAGAAAUUAAAAGAAGCAAAUUCAAAAUUAGAAUUAGAACUGAAAGAAACACGAGAACUUGAAAAGUCCAAUCGAUAUCAUUUGCAAACUUCUCGUGAAAUGAUUGGUAAUCUCCAAGACACUGUAUCACAUUUAGUAUACCUCAAAAGGGACGCAAAAAGAAUUAACGAUGAACUUGUUUCAAAAGAUAUGACUAUUGCAUCAAUGCAAAAGGAUAAAGAAAAUAUGGAACAAGCAUGCAAAGAAAGUCUGGAACAGAUACGUAAAACACACGACAGUCAAAUCGAAGAGUUAACAGUCAUCAACGACAAAAAACUUCAACAGAUUCAAUAUGACUCCGACACCAAGAUAGCUGAACUCACCUGCGUCAUCGAAGAACUAAAAGACAAAUUUAAGGAAAUAGAAGAGGCUAAUAGAGAUAAGAUGAACGUAGUGGUGCUAGAGUAUGAGGAGAAGGUUCAGAGGAGUGCCGUAGAGACGAGCCAGCUGCAGGAGCAAUUGAGACUGCUGGCAGCGCGUUCUGAUGCCAACAUUGAAGUCUACCGUAGGAAAAUCGAAGAUUUGGAGGAGAAGUUGAAACAGAAGCGAUUCAAAGAAUAUUUAGCUCAAAAUAACUAUGCCUCUCAAAGUUCACAGUCACAAGUCGAAAAUAAGGUAGAGCGCCCGUAUUCCGCGCAGAGCAAGCACGGAACUAUGGAAACUGUUAAAGUCAAUUCCACUCCUGUAAAUUAUAUGCAAACUGUCAAAGUCAAUUCCACUCCAGUAAAUUAUAUGCAAACUGUCAAAGUCAAUUCCGUCCCUAUUCGUUCUUACCCGAAACCCAAUCAAGCGUCAAGCUGGAAUAAAACCCCAACACUACAAGUUAUGCACCGUGAUAAUAAAGUACAGAAUGUACAGAAAGACGAGAAAACAUUCUCAAUUAAGAAGAGAAAACUUUAUAGCGACAAGGACUAUCUAAAUCAGUAGGGUGCAUCAUUUUUACUGACAAAUAGCGGGACACUUAUUUUUGUAAAAUGAACCUGAGAUAGCGAGACCUACCUCUUUAUAGGAAGGCUGAAAAGAUUUAUGCCUUAAAAAAAUGUCGUAAAUUCAGGAUGUAUGACCAACGAUCUUUGCUUGUCCCAUUAGGGAGAAACUAAAGGUGAAUUGAAUAUGUCGUCAAACGUUGUGGCAAACUAUUUUUGCUAAAGUAAUGAUUUCAUUAUUAAAGUAGGACUAACAAGAUUUUUUAAGAUUUAUGUAAAAUGUUGGUUAGUUAGGGUAGAACAGGGCCGGAGAUGGGCAAUUUCAAUUUCAGCCUUCCUAAAAUAAUAAGUGGCGUGCAUUCCAUAGAUGCAAAAUGCACAACUAACCCUUGAGAAGCCAGUACGAACUUGUAUUGGAGAAAAGUUUUCCGACUUUUAUAAUUUGUAUGUAGAAUCCCUACCCUAGCUAAAAACCUUGUGCACACCACUGAAAAUAAUGUAAAUAUGUCUAGCCAUUGCAGGUUAAAAACGCUCGCUAUACAAUUUAAAAUAAAAUGCACGUUUAGAGAUGUCUUGGCGUUGUUUUCAUUUCCUUAUGCACUUUCACUUGUUGAUUCUUCAUUCUUAUACGCCCGUGUGUACAUACAUUGUUGGAUUAGAGCAAAAAAAGAAAAAUUAGAAUAGAUCACAGAAAAAAGACAUUGUGAGCGUGAUUGUUACCGCAAAUAAUUACGCAUACUUAUAGACGGAGAGCUAGACAGCCAGACCUACAUCAUUUUAUAAGCUGGAAAUUUGUUAGCUAUUGCUCUUACCAUAGGUAAGUCAUCAUCAUCAUUAUCAACACAUAUUGGGCUCACUGCUGAGCUCGAGUCUCCUCUCAAAAUGAGAGGGAUUAUGCCAAUAGUCCACCACGCUGCCCCAAUGCUGAUUGGCAGACACUUCACACACGCAGAGAAUUAUUAAUUCUCUGCUAUGCAGGUUUCCUCACGAAGUUUUUCCUUUACCGUUUGAGAUAAGUGAUAUUUAAAUUCUUAAAAUGCACACAACUGAAAAGUUGGAAGUGCAUGCUCCGGACCGGAUUCAAACCCACACCCUCCGGAAUCGGAGGCAGAGGUCAUAUCCACUGGGCUAUCACGACUCUAUAGGUAAGUAAGGUAGCCAAUUAUGGAGUUUGGGCCGUGGUGGCUUUGGGAGGUAAGGUUUCAAGGAUUCAGACCCUGAACCGUCUGAGUAUAGUGUAAUUUUUUAUUUUUAUCGACAAUAUAUUAUAAAUAGUCGCCAGUCACUUAUCUUCGCGGCAACCCUUCGAAAAACACUACUCAAGAUAAAACUUUAAAGGUCUCUUGAAAAGAGUUUCCCAUGAAAUUACGUGUCUGCCGAAUGAGGAUAUAAUUUCUUAUAUUAUGCCGAGGAAAAUAUAAAAAAAUUACACUUUUUACUUAAUAGGUUGAAGGUAUGGAUUCUUGAAACCUGUUACCUUCCAAAGCCACCACGGUCCAGACUGCCCCUGUAGCCAAUUGGCACGUCGAUUCUCUUUCUACGAUAGCUAACGCUUCUUAAACUAGAAAAAUUUAUGGGAAUGACAUUUACUAUCGACAGGUCACGUGAUCAAGAUCUGUCAUUCCCAUAUUUUUUUUCUAGUUUUCGAAGCGUUAGCGAUCAAAGAAAGAGAAUCGACGUGCACUUGGCUACAGGGGCUGCUUAUGUGGCUACCUUUAGUAGGAGCGUGAGCUGACAAACUUUCAACUUUUAUAAAAUGACGAAGGUCUGGAGUUCACGGGCUCUUAGAUUAUUAGACUGAUGUAUCUAAACAAAACGUUUAAAAUUUUCCAAGGGAAUUGUUCUUCUGCUUUUAUGUUUGAAACUAAAUGAUUAUAUACACAAUAGGCAGUUAUUUAGUGUUAUAGAUACUUGCUACCCAAUAUAGUUACAGAAGAUUACAUUAGCUACGAAGUUGCUUAAUAAAAAAAUCGUUUGUCAUUCAUAUGUGCAACGAGGUCAUGAUUGGGUUCUAUUGCUCAGUACACUAUCCCAAUAUUAAUUAGUUGGUCUUACGCAAUACAUUGUUGGUAGCUGUAACCUAAUAACUACAACUUCAUUCUAGUGAACUACUAGUUGUUUGUAUUAGAAAUAGAUCCUAGAAAAUGUAAAAUAUUACUAAAUAUAUAGAGACGCGCGGAAGAGCGUCAGCCAAAUUAGAGAUAACAGCGACAAGUACUGUUAGUACUCAAAACAACCAAAACGAUAGGAGCCUAAAUAAAAUACAAUAUAAAUGUUAAAAUGGGGGCCAAAUUCAAUAUCACAAAUGUGUGUCGUUAUCGAGUAUGCCAACAAAAGAGAUGAUAUCUAAGUAGGUGCCAAAUUCUAUAGAUUAUGAACUUAGAAUACAUUACUAGUAGCGUCUUUACACGAACCAUUUGAACAUGAAAUUUGGUUCAUAAAUAUUAAAUCCCGUAGGCUUAUCUAAAAUACUAAAUGUUAAAGGUAACUACAGUUUAUAUAGUUGGUAAAAUUUAAUAUAUCAUCAAAUAGACUAACUAUUUGAUGAUAUAUAAUAGAUCGCAUCGAAGAACGCACAUUUUUAUGUCAUUACCCAAAGACGUGCACGCACAUCUUAUCUUAGUGUGAGUGGACGUGGACUUCAAAAAAUAUUUAUUUUAAUCCGUUAAUUAUGCCUUCGUGUUCAUUUUGGAAGUGUAAAAACACAAGCAACAACAUGAAUAAAGAGAAAUGUGUUACGAGUGAUGACGUACUCAAUGUGCGAAACCAAAGACAAUUCCGCGACGCUUUGAGGCCCAUCUAACGAUCUACGAUCGAUGUUAUUUAUGCUCCAAUCGUUUUGGUCGUUUUGAUUAGGUACCUACGCUACUGCAAUGCAUAAUAAAUCACUUCGUAAUAUAAAAAACGUAUUUUUUGCUAUUUCCAUAAUUACUAGAGCAAUGUGUCUAAUAGGUAUUACGAAUAGCAUAAUUUAUGUUACGUAAAACUCUUCUGCCAUUUCGUCAUUACAAUAAUAAAGAAACAUUCUUUUUUGAUCGUGUUUUUUUAUGUAGUGAAUAAUGAUACGAAAAAAGCAAUUUGUUACAAGCACGUUGCUAUAAAAAUGUUAGUAAUUAACCAUCUUUGCAGUUUGCACAUGAUUAUUCAUAAGUUACCUCACUAUAGAUGAUGCUGACAUAAAAUUGAAAGUAUUCUCAAAAAAUACAAUCUAGUUGCAAAAUAAAUUUAUUCAGAUGCCAGAUAAAUCUAAUAGAAAAAGAAAGUAAGUACUUAAGUAGAUACCUAUUUAUAUUAUAUUAUACCUUUAACUAAUUGUCAUCCAUUAAAAUCGUGUCUCUCACUAUAAUCUAUGUGGAAAGCAUGGAAAGUUAACCACGCUGUAGUUUACUUAAUAUUAUGGAAAUGAAAACUAUUACUGCGACUAAGUAGAGAGUUACUCCAUGUUUACAGUGGAUAAUAAUACUUAUAGGUAGGUACCAGUGGCGAAGAGUCCAUACAAGCCGAUUCCCUUUUUUAACCUUGCUUUGUGUUGUGUUUUAAAAAUCCAUACAUACAUAUUCAUUAUUGUAAUAAAUAUGUAUGGAUGUACCGAUGAAACCGGAGUUUGUAUCAAGCGGUGUGAUUUUCCUUUUCUUUGGUGACUUCAUCAUUAUCAACCCAUAUUCGGCUCACUGCUAGUCUCCUCUCACAAUGAGAGGGGUUAGGCCAAUAGUCCACCACGCUGGCCCAAUGCAGGUCGGCAGACUUCACACAUGCAGAGAAAUAAGAAAAUUCCCUGGUAUGCAGAUUUCGUCACGCUGUUUUUCCUUCACCGUUUGAGACGUGAUAUUUAAUUUCUUAAACGGCUUAACUUAGUCAAAAUUUCAUCUUUCGCUACAGAUACCCACUAAUUAAACAUUUUUGAAUCACAGCAGAUCUAUGAUAUAAUUGAUACAAUAUUAAAACGUAGGUAUAUCCGCAGAUAGAUACCUAUUUAAAUGGUUAGUUAAAUAAUAAGAUAGGAACCAUUUGAACAGAACACGUUAGUUUUCGAGAUCUGUUUUUACGAUUAUAGUGCAAUAAAAUUGAAAAUAAAAAGAAACUCAAUUUCAAACAAUCAUAUUUUAUUAUCUUUGGCCAUAGCAUUAAUUUUAAAAGAUGAGAUAAUAAUAGAUUUACAUUAAAACUAUCAAUAAAAGAUUUACAUUAACUCUAAAAUAUGAUGAUAAGUACAUAGUGAGGAAACUUCUCUUUAUAUAAUUUUUGAAUAUCUUAAUGUUAUUUAAUAUAUAGUAUCUAUUAUUUAAUACUUAAUUAAUUAAUUCGUUGAAAGAAAUUAUUUGGCUUGCACUCACCAGGACCAUAAACAAUCAAUUUAACUAUAGAUUUAACGUUUCAAUUCAUUA